GUAUACAUCUGUAAAUCUUCAUAGUUUCAGAUGCAAAGAUUAAAUGCAGAAAAAGUAAAUGCCGACGAUCCGACUCUGAUUAAACUCAUUAAAGAACAUUACAUUGAAAAACCAUCUGAGCUGUCAUACAACUUAGAACAUCCAGAAAAUAGAGACCCAUCCUGUGGACAGACAGCUUUUAUUGAUGACUUUAUGAACCAUAAGGAAGGCGGGUUCUAUGUUGACUGUGGCGCCCACGCUGGGGAGGUAUUUUCAAAUUCCUUGUUUCUCGAAAGGUAUCGUAACUGGAAUGGUAUACUUAUUGAAGCAAACCCAACAGUCUACAAAGAACUAAAGAAGAAAAACAGAAAAGCUUUUACCCUGAACGCAUGUCUUAACGGAAAGCCAUAUCCUUCUGUGAUGACCUUCUUAGAGGAUUCUUGGUGGGGAUAUAUUUUAGAUGGAAAUCAAUCAAUGUCGUAUAAAGGAAGGAGUGGCACAGGCCGUUAUGUGGAAAUCCAGUGUUUCCCAUUGUACUCUAUUCUUAUGGCGUUAAAUCAAACCAAAAUUGAUUACUUCAGUUUGGACGUUGAAGGAGCCGAGGAAAGCGUGCUUGACAGCAUACCUUGGAGCAAAGUUGAUAUAAGAAUGAUGUCUAUUGAAUAUGAUAAGUGGCCAGGUGGAAAGUAUGCAUUAAAGGCUUACAUGGAAAAAAGAAGGUACAAGUUUAUGACGGAGGUUAGCGUAUCAGCAGCAGCAGAUAUCAUAGUGUUAAAGGAGGAUUGAUAAAAAGCGUAGUUGUAGACAAAUUACUUUCAUGUUUUGGUCAUCAAAGAUACAACAAAUAUAUUUUUAUUUGAUCUAGAUAUAAAUUUGUUUGAUUUCGUUAAAUCUUCUUUAUAUAACACAUCUCUCAAAUAUAUGUGAUGGAUUUUUGCGGUGAACGUACUUAUGUUCAACAUAACAGAGACUGAAAAAAUUGGUAAGUACAUAUACCAGUAAACCAUCGACCAGUUACGCAUAAAGUAAACUUUAUCCGGGAUA